AUGAUGUUUUCAGUGGUCAGACGUAAUGCUGUUUUGUUAUCAAAGCCUCUAUUAUCUAAUGGUUCAAGAGUGAUCGGUGCCAGAUUUAUCUCUAACGAUGUUUUGCAAGAUUUAUAUUUGAAAGAAUUGAAGUCUGCCAAGCCAAUGUCUAUGCAAACUGAUAUUGACAAUGCUAACGUUAAAAAAUGGGUCGAACCAAUAAAGCCAACUAUUCCUCAAGAAGAAGUCACCAGAGAUCAAUUGAAACAAUAUACUGAUGAACCAGUUGAAACCGUUAAGGCAGGUGCUUCCGCUGCUGAAGAUUCCAAUGCUGCUAUUGCUGAGGACUGGUUGGUUCUAGAAGAAGAACCAGAAGAUGCUGCUCAUGCUCAUUGA